GAGGCCUAUAAAGCUGUGAAUACUUUUCAUGGAUUUAUGUUGCGUCGAAAGCCGUUAUAUGUGGCUAUUGCUCAAAGAAAGGAGGAAAGACAGGCCCAACUACAGCUUCUAUAUGCACAACGACUUGCAGGGCUAACAGGACCUCCAGCUAUGUUUCCUGGUGGAUAUCCUCCUUUUUACUACCCAGCCCCCGGUGUUGUUCCUCAAAUGCCUACACGACCUGGGCUGAUGUAUCAGGCUCUCGGUGUGAGGCCGGGUUGGAGGACUAAUGGGUUCACAAACACCACUAGACCUGCCUUUCAACCUUCUCCAGUUCCCUUGAUUCCUAAUAAUUCCCGACAAUAUAGGCAGAAUAGGGGAAGGAUGAAUGGAUAUAUGCCAGCUUCAAAUGUGACAAGCGUGCAGCAAUCAAGUCAAUCAGUGGUGUUAUCAAAUGGCAAUCCUCAGCGUGCUGGGCAGUUCAAAUAUGUGCCCAAUGGCCGGACUCGUGACAUGAACAAAGGAUCUGUUGCAUCAAAUGCUGGUUCUGCUGCAGUUGGAUCUGUUGGAUCAGUUGCUGAGGGAUCUCAAAUGCUGAGUACCUUGCUUGCUUCUGCUGCUCCUGAGCAGCAGAAACAGAUACUUGGAGAGCGCCUUUAUCCUCUUGUCAAUCAACAUAAGCCCGACCUUGCUGCAAAGAUAACGGGAAUGCUCUUGGAGAUGGACAAUGCGGAACUACUGUUGUUGUUGGAGUCGCCGGAGUCUCUGGCAACCAAGGUGGAGGAAGCUGUUGAGGUGCUCAAGCUGUCUAAGGCUAAAGUUUCUAGCCAAGAUUCACUUCAUCCAAGUUUUCUUUCCGCGGAAGUUGCUGUCAACUGAAGAAAGGCUGCUGUGACAAUUUUGUCUUUAGAAAAGUUUGAGGUUUUCUGAAGGGGUGGUGGUAUGGUUAGGUAAUAGAGUAAGCAAGGGUUGUCAUACAUUCUGGCAACCCCACACUCCGCUGCAUGGAGUUCACAUUUCGGCUUUUUGUCUGAAAAUAGACUUAUCUCUAUUUACCUUCUUUAGAGGGAUUUACUUCAGAUUUUACAUGACUUUAUAUUAUAUUUUGGUUUUAGUGCAGACUUUUGAAAUUUUUUA